UUUGCAGAUUGUGAUUGUGUCAAAAUCACUCGCCUAUCGGUGCCACAAGCCUACAUCCUGGAACAUUAUCACCGGCAGCACGACGAAAGCAAUGAAUUGUAUGCCGGUGGUGGUCGGGGCAAAGCCAUCUACCGGUACGAUACCGAUACCGGUACGGAUGAGUUGGUGCCGUCGUCACGGGACCAAACCGGGCGUCGGCAUAACAACAAUGACCAUCUAAUUCUGGACUGCGAGUAUGAGAUUGAUGUGCACGAGAAGGGUUUCGUUCUGAAAUGGUACUUCAAUGGGAAACUGAUCUAUCAAUGGAUCCCCCCGAGACGUUCGCCGCUGGGGUUUAAUGCAAUGAAAUAUCAGGUCAAUCGAAGCUACACCGUCAGCGACGAAGAGAUGCACAAACACCGGGCACUGGCUCUGAUAAGACCCCUGAAGAAUUUCACCGGAGAGUACGCGUGUGCCGUGUCAACGUUUCAAUCGGAGGAUACCCGAUCUGCUUCGAUGUUAGUGAUUGUUCCAGAAUCCAGUUUCGUGUUGAAAUACUACAAUAGCGACAUCAGCAACCUAGUCACGGUCCUUUGCAGUGCUUAUGGCAUUUUCCCGCGCCCGAUGUUGUCACUGUGGAUCAACGAGCAUCAGCUAGAGAAUGUAACCAGUAAUGUGUUGCUGACACAAACCGAAUUGUACGAUAGCUCGAUCAGCAUCCAGUUGGUACUGUACGAAAGUAUUCAACCGGAUGACGUUGUCAAAUGCAUGCUGGGUAUCAACGGAACCGAGUACGCUAAAACCAAGGAAACUGUAUUCAUAGAUGUAAGUAGUAAAUCGGCGAUAGAGUAUAACUCUGUCCUGGAUUCUGAUGGCAGUACUUCAAUGACGAUUAGUCAUCCAAGUGCAAGUCCUUCAACGGCAGGCUCCACAACGUCAACCACGAGCUACGGCGAAACGACAUCGGUUCUAGUAACGACCAAACAUUCAACAGAGUUGGAAGAUCAGCCCGUAGAGGAACAACCGCCUUCAUCAACAUCCCGACCGUCGAUUGUGGUGCUUCCAGUGGGUGGCAGCGGGCGAACCUACCAGCUUGGAGCUCCCCAGCAGUCACCGGCAGUGGUACGGCUCCGACCGACUUCGGCUCGAGUUCUGACAGUGCAGCAAGCCAAUCCGAAUAUCGCCUCGUCCGAUGAGGUGACCAACGUGCUGGACUUCAAGGAGAUUCCCUUCAACGAGAAUCUGCUGUACAGCAACAAUGGAAGCACGCAAAUUGAUACCAAAAACAGCGGUUGGAUGACGCUUCUGGUACGAUUUUUAGCAUUAGCCACGUCUUUCGGUCUGACCCGGAGCCUGCUGAACAUCGGAGCCGGCAAUCGGUUGUAAUACAAGUCGUGAAUCGUUUCCGCACUUACGGCAGCAUAGCAUACCGGUUUGAUUGGUGAGCCUCGCGGGAUGCUGCUUCCACGUACGUUGAGUGUAUGUAUGUAUGUAUGUGCAGGCGCGUUCGUUUUUUUCCUUCUCGUUAUGUUAGGGCGGUAAGAGCCCAUAGCCUCCUAGAUCUAAAUUCGUAUUUCAAGUAGAUAAGAGAAGAACGACACUCGAUUAAAUUUUGGCUCGUUUUUGUACUUUUCAUGAGUGUUGAUCGCAUAUGGAAAAAAAAUCGACAAAGGACAGGAAGCCAGUGUUGCCACACGAACGGGUUUAUAUGGAAUAUUUUAAUUUUUCAACUAUUAUAUUUUACCACUAUUUGUGUCUGAAAAUGACGAAUAUCGAUCGUAAUUGAUUGUUCCAUCAGCUUAGACAAUAAAUGUUCCAAUUUAAAAAUGCAAAACUAGACGCGUAACCGUUUUCUGUCAUAAUUUUGAACGAUAAUAACUCAGUCAUUUGUUGAUGGAUUGAUAUAACUUUACAAUCAACCGAUUCGGAAACAUUUAACUUUAACAUGUAUGGCAACGUGUUUUCAAUAUUUUAAUAGCAUAGGGGAGACCGGGGCUAGUCCGGACGUAGGGUUUAAUAGGACAGCUUAAAUAUUUUCUUGACUAGCGAUUAGCGAUUUACCAUAAAUCAUGACUUUGCAAACACACUUUCAUGUGACAGACAGAUGUCUGUUAGGUUGAUGACGCUGAGUCCAUUCAGUUUGGUGUCAAUCGUGUUCGUGUCAAAAGGUGUUCGUUUUUUACUGAAAUUUGUUUUUGGAUGUUUUCUAAUUUUUUUGGGUAUACUUGAUUUCUGUGCAUUCAAAUAACGGUCUGGUUAGUGUUUUCAAAUGUUUAUUUUGUGCUGAAUCCUGUGAUUAUUGAGUGCUUUCGAUUACGUGGUAAACUUUAAACUAGCUUUACUAUAAAUUGAUUCAAAGCGAAACAAUCAAAAAGCCUUUAAUAAAGACUCUAGAGUUAGUUUCAACAUAAAUUAUUUGGUUCUGCAGGGCGUGAAGUUUCGAGGCAAGACUUAUAUUCCCAGUGGGCAGGAUUAUGUAUCACGUAAGGUUGGAACCAACAAACGAUUCAUUCGAACAAGAUUGCAUUUCUUUUGCGCUCGUUAGGUUAUCUAAAGAUUUGGCGCCCUACUGUGUUCGUUUCUUCAUUUUUGUAUGAAACUUCAUAGCCCGGUUUAGUCCCAUAGGGAGUCCGGUUUAGUACCUAAAUAUUAGAUUCUGGGUUGGUCACUUCCUGGUAACUUGGUACAUAAACUAAUGCAUGUGUUUCCAUGUUAUAAAUUGGGAAUUGUAGUUGAAAGUUGAAGUUACAUGACUGUAAAGAUAAAUUGGGUAAGAACCUAGGUGUAAUUGGUGUUUUUACAAUUUAUAAGAAAUGUCCGAUUUCGUCCCGCAGUUUUUGAAAUUUUGGGUUUUGGGUCACGUCAUCGCGACUUUUUAAGAAAACUAAUGCAUAUUUUUCCAAACCACAAGUUGGGAAUUGUAGUUGAAGGUUGAAGCUAAAACCAAGUUUUAAUGGAUGUUUUUUUCAAUUUCCCGAAAGUGUCCGGCUUAGUCCCGGUCUCCCUUACCAUUGAAACAUUGGUUUGAAUCGACCUAUGUUUUCACGAACCAAUCACAGCAUGCUACAAUGAUGUCAUCCUUUUGAUUUCUCUCACACAGCCGACGGUUUCGAUCGUUGCUCAACACCUCGCAUUUCAUUCAGUAGCAGUUCUGCUUCGUUCAGUGUAAGGUGGAUUUACGUGCAUGAAAAAAUAUCGGUCCGAACCAUCGCACAAAACUUAAAAUAUAAAUAUGUAGUAAAGCAAAGUCUUGGCAUUACAUUCCUUUUUGUAGAAUUUGGUUAUAUUUCAACAGACUUCGCAGUCGAUUCAUAGCGUAGAGAAUCAUUGCAUGGCUAGUGCUACGAUCCUACUGACACGAUGAAUCCUUCCAGGUCGGAGCUCAAACAUAUGACUUGUAAGACCAGCGCCCUGUGCCUUGAACCGCCAACCCGGGUAUUUGUAAAUAUGCGCUAUGCCUCAAUUUCCACUUUAUUCGGUGACAGCCUGUGAACAAAAUAAGUAGCUAGUCUAAUGAGUGGAUGCCAAAACUGAGUUAUAUCCUUUUGCUCAGUAGAAAGUCGUUUUUGCACUGUGUGCUGUUUGUGGAUGCUAUUUUCCGUCUGCUGCACACCGUCUUGGCUUGAAUAUAUUGAAUACCAAUAAGCUGUUGAUUACGAUUCCCCGGUGACUAGCAGGCCAAUUUUCACUUAUCGGUGAUAGAUUUUUCGGACAUAAUAUAAAACACUUGUAAUUCGGUGAUUUGUUGAUGGAUUUGCCUCAUUUAACUUGAUUCGGAAGCAUUGCUUCAAUAAUGUACGCUUAAAAAUGGAUUGAUUUGUUGGAGAUGUCGUGGUCAGCAAUCUUCAUUUACAAGCGAAACGGUGGCUCGUGAAUGGAUUCAGUUCAAGGUUUGUUAUAAAGAUAGUCAUAGAUACUUCUUUUUCAUUAAAUGUGGCAAAACACAACGAACUAUCUUUCAGCAUAAGCACACAGCUACUAUUAUUGAACUAAAUCAUAAUCAUGUAACCUAAUUGGCAUGGUCUGAUCGAGUAAAACAUUUGUAGUCUAAUGUUUGAUACAAAUCUUGCUUUGAAGGAUUACAUAGAAGGAAUUCAGACUACCAGGGAAAAUAAACGCUUUUUACGAAAAUAAACGAUUUUCACGAACUUAGAUUCAAAUGAAAGGCCCUGUGGCCCCAUACGUAAUUCCUGAAUUUCAUCCGGAUCCGACUUCCGGAUCCGGAAAUAUAGGGUAAAGUCGACGACACGACCAGACACUCCGAAGAAAAAUUGGAAUGAAAAGUGUUCGUGAGCGAUUUACCACCAGUUACCAUAAAUAUAGCGACCCCUUGAAAAUGACAAAAAACUAACUAUUCGAGCAACACUGUUUCAGUUGCUAUGAACUAGUUACCGAGGAGUACCAGAAUAAAUAAACAAACAGUUUGAAAUAGUUAUGGAAUUAUUCCACAUUUCACGUGAUUGGUCGAGGCAACGAUGGAUACAGUAAUGUGCUACGUCCAAGUAUCUGGAACGCUCUCGAGUCGUUUCAAGUCUCAGAGAGGGCUACGGCAAGGUUUUGGAUUCUUUUGUCUCUUGUUCAAUAUUGCUUCGAAGAGCGCGGAUCAACACGAUCUUCCGAAAGUACGUACAGCUCUUUGGCUUCACCGACGAUGUUGAUUUUGUGACCGUGACUUUGAGAUCAUGGAAAGAAACAUCGAGCUGAUAGGCGAAGCUAGAGGUAUCUGACUGGCAAGAAAAAGAUACAAAUUAAAACAAAAUGACUUAAAACUCUCUGAAAGAAUAAAUUUAAUACCUGCCAGCGGCCAACUACACUCAGUGGUUUCGUUUCAAGUGAGAAUCUCUUGUUUUUGUUUACAUUCCAUAAGUAGUUACCAAGGCUACUGGUAACUGUUUUUCAAAAUCAAUAACUUACCAACUUGUGUUGCCAGUUCCAACAUUUUUCCAAGCAAAUCCGUUUUGACAUUGCCAGUUACUGAGGGGUAGUUAAAUUUGCGAUACAGUUUUGAUAGUCGAGUGGCAGGUCGUGUCGUUGGUAAAGUGUGUUGAAAAUUUUAUACCAUCACUGAAAAGGGCGAAAAACCGUAAAAAAAUUUCUAAAUCGAAAAUCUUCCUCAAAUCUUCUCCAAUUGAUAGUUUUCAUCAGUAGACGGUCAAACAAACCGAUUUCGGUUAUUCUUUUAAGAAUUGAAGAAAAUCAUUUUGAAGAAUACCACAGUAUUAUAUAGGAUAGUAUGAUUGAUAUGAGAAAGGCAUCAUUACACCACUAGGUGGAUUAAAACAGGUUUUUAAAUGUCAUUGUGCUCAGUCCUAUUUUGUAUACAACUCUGUAACCAGUGGCGUAUCGAGGAAAUUUGGCGCUCGGGGCAAAGUAAUAAAUUUGCCGCCUCCUUCGUUGCUUUAGUGAGCAAAAACAAAGCUGAACUCAAUCUCCGGAAAGAUCUAAGGCGAGCUAAAAAAAGGUACCAAGGAUAACUUCGCCGCCCCCUUCGCCUCUCAACCUAUAUCUCUCCGCCGCCGCCAAUGUCUGUAACUGUAACUUUUUCCUCACACAAUUUUCUCGGAGAUGGCUGUAUCAAUUUCUACAAGCUUAAGCACGUUUGAAAGCUACUAUCGGGUUGUGAAUCAAACCCGAAGAUCAAUUGGCUGAUAUAAGUUACGUAACCGCCCAAAUUCGUGUCAGAAAUUAUCGAAAAAUGUUUUCAUUAGAGCUUUGACAAGAGAAAAGUAUUAUCACACCACUAGGUGGAUUAAGAAGAGAUUUUUUUUCUGAAAAUCACUUGCGAAAAAUUUUGAUUUUUUCCCAACACUGAUUGAGAGCGUAUGCAUUGUUUCAUUCUAGCUUUAGUUUGUUCGUUUUUGGUUAGUUGCAAUGUAACUACAAACCACUGAUAAGGCUAAAAUAUUACCUAGUUGUUAGGCCAUGAAAACUAUUUUUGAAAAGCUUUAUAAACAAUUUACAAAUUAUCAUAAUACAUAUCAAAAGAGGAUUUGGUUAUUGCUGUUAUAAAACAGGUAAUCAUAAAUGAAUCAAUUACAAAUCCUUUAUAAAUUGUUAUUUAAAACCGAAAAACUUACUUGCGAUCUCAGAGUAGCUUAGAUGGUUAAGCAUCUCUACGGUUAGGAAAUGGUUCGAGGCUCGAAACGUUUCUUCGGUGAUUUGAUUUCAUUCAUCUAUUAUCCAUCUCCUUGGCAGUAAUUGAAAAUGGUACCUGAAUACAAGACAGUUUUUGAAGUCUUAACAAAAAAAACGUGUACGAGACACGACCGAUCAUGAUGACACUACAAAUGCAAUUUUCAAAUUCUCCUCAACAGAUUUAAAUUUAAAUUUCAGUUACUAAUAUGUCAUCGUCAAGUGCAUUAAAAAGUAUAUACAAUAAUAUUCACAACAAAAUGCGACUGAAUAUUAUCAUAAAUGCGAACUACUGCUUUCGUUCGUAAAUUGAGAUUUCUGUGCACAACACGCGGGACCGGUGACUUGUUUGCAUGUUAUUGGGUAACCUUGAAUGAUGGUCGUACGUGAUGUCCACAACAGAUUGAUGUUUCCGACAAGCCUGAUGUGAAAAUUUUCAACGCUGAUCCAUACCACGGGAAAGAUCAUUAGUCCAAGUGCAUUAGAUUUAUCUCUCUGCUCGACUUCAAUUCGACUAGAUUGCACCUGGAAAGUAUUUCCUGAUUUACACGGUAGCGAUCAUUUACCAAUCAUCAUCUCAAUUAGCAGUAACAAAGGCAUUGCUAAUUCAGUUAAUAUUCCAUAUGAUUUGACAAAAAAUAUUGACUGGAUUAAAUACCAAAGUAAUAUUUCAAGUGCCUUAACUUCAAUGGAAGAGCUCCCCCCACUUGAAGAAUAUGACUUCCUCGUUUGUGCGAUUCUGGAGGCCGCAGAACAAGCCCAAACCAAACGAUUUCUUGGUACAUCGUCUAACAGAAGGCCUCCAAACCCUUGGUGGGACAAAGAGUGCUCAGAUGCUAAGCACGCGAAACAAAAUGCCUUCAAGACGUUUUUAAAACGAGGAGGAGGAACUCCUCAGAAUUUUGAAAAAUUCUUGACUUUAGAAACCAAGUACAAGAGCAUACUUCGGGCCAAGAAAUGUAGCUAUUGGAGACAUUUUGUCGAAGGUUUGUCAAGAGAAACCUCAAUGAGCACUCUUUGGAAUACGGCAAGACGAAUGAGGAAUCGUAACGUAGGAAAUGAGAGUGAGGAA